CAAAGGAGGGCACAUACAGAAGUCUUGACUGUUUCAGUUGAACAUUUCAGCAGCUGAAUUCACUCUACAGGCAAGGAGUUUCCACUGAGCAAGGACUGAACUGUUCCAUUCUGUUCUGUGAAAAUUUGAGAGUUGUAAACAAUAGCAGCCCAGUUUCCUGAAAUUCAAGGACAUGAUAUUGGCUGGGAGAGUUCCAUCCUGCCGCCUGUGUCAGUGAACCGCAUGGAUACUACACAAAAAGACUGCUCUCCCUGCUGGAGAUGUGUGCAUUGAGAAGAACUAGGCCAGUACUGGAGUCAGGAUGGGGGACUGGAGUCUGCUGGGGAAGCUGCUGGAGAGUGCCCAGGAACAUUCCACUGUGGUGGGCAAAGUCUGGCUGACAGUCCUGUUCAUCUUCAGAAUCCUGGUACUAGGUGCUGCUGCCGAGAAGGUGUGGGGCGACGAGCAGUCGGGCUUCACCUGUGACACCAAGCAGCCUGGCUGCCAGAAUGUCUGCUACGACAAGACCUUCCCCAUCUCGCACAUCCGCUUCUGGGUGCUACAGAUCAUCUUCGUCUCGACGCCAACACUGAUUUACUUGGGCCAUAUACUACACCUGGUGCGAAUGGAGGAGAAACAUAAGCAACAGGAGAAGGAGUUGGCUCAGCUCGCCCUGCAAAACGACAAACAGCCCCUGCUCGGGGGUAAGGUCAAAAAAGCCCCGGUCCGGGAUGAGCAGGGCCGCAUCCGCCUACACGGGGUUCUCCUGCGCACCUACGUCUUCAACAUAAUCUUCAAAACCCUCUUUGAGGUGGGUUUCAUUUUGGCUCAGUACUUCCUUUACGGCUUCGAGCUCAAGCCUCUCUACACGUGCAACCGGCCACCAUGUCCCAACGUGGUCAACUGCUACAUCUCUAGGCCCACCGAGAAGACCAUCUUCAUCCUCUUCAUGCUGGUAGUGGCCUGCAUUUCCCUGCUUCUCAACCUGGUGGAGAUGUACCACCUGGGUUUUACCAAGUGCCGCCAAGGGCUGAGGAACAGGCGUUCUGAGCUUGUGUCUGAACCGUGCUCCAAGGCUCCCAGCGAGUCGGCGGUUCCUUUUGUACCUAAUUAUAACUGCUUUCCCAGGCACCAUCCUGUCUCUGUACCCUUUCAGACUAGCUCAGGGUUCCCCCUAUCGCCACUCACAGAGCCCGACUCCGUUUACCAGCCCUGCAACAGCAAAGCUUAUAAGCAGAACAGGGACAACCUGGCAGUGGAGCGCAACAGUAAACCAGAGGAAUUCGACCUGAAGGUGAAGAAGGUUUCAGGCUCGGCCCCAGGGUCACCGGCGGAGAACCAGCGUAGGCCCAGCCGCUCUAGCAAGCACAGCAACAAUAAGACCAGAUUCGACGAUCUGAAGAUCUGACCCGCCCCUUCCACUGCGGCAGUCAGAGAAACGCUAGCAAAUGACACUUGCGGUCUGUGUUCUACUGACGAUAUGUGGUCUGAUGUUCAAGCAAGAACAUGUAUCGCUGUUUGCAGUGACCAUGAUACAAAACCUUACAUGUCUUCCAGUUGACACAAUGGUGGAUGGCAAGCACAAGUAGGCAAAUAACAAUGUGGUAUACUGUACCUUUUCAUCUGCCUCAAUGUUUCCUCUACAGCUGGCCCCGGGUGCCUACAGUACAAAUUUGUACUUGAGUAUGUGGGUACACUUUAUACUAGGACUGAUGCUGUUGAACAUAUGCAAGCGUUUACUUGAAAUCUAUGUAUUUGCCAUAAGUAUUCUGAAUCCAUACAUCCAUGAGUCCGAGAUUAUGAAGGGCUCAUAUAUCAUACCACUACUGUAUUAUGUAUAGAUUAUUAUGACAACUUGUAAACCUUUAAAACACUUUUCAAAUGCUUCAAGAGACUAAACAUUUAUUUUUAAAUGACUCAAUGCUCAUAUGCUUGUGCAUAGGGGCAUUUG